AUGUCGCACCAAGCCAUGCAAGAUCCACCAAUUCCCUUGGAAACUGGAUCAGACAGUCUGAUGCCGCAAUCACUCUUGUCUCUCCCAUCCCUCAAGCAGUACAUGGUCCACCGAUUGGUUCAUGAAGGAACAACCAUCAUCACCAUGGAAGCCGCAUUGAGCCACUACGUUAGCCAUUACCACACCAUGGCCAAUGUAUGUGCUGGAGCAAGUGAAGGCACCAUUACUUUCAUGGCAGAUAAGUUGUUCUGGCGUUCUCACUGGCCCCAUGAGCAGUUUCCCCGCCAAUAUUGUUACUUGACUCCGGGGGAUAAGGAGGUCAUUCAUCGGGCAUAUAACAAUAUUCCUGUCGAACGCUUGAAUGCCAUGAAUGAUCAAUUGUAUCGUGCCAACAGCAGAGAUGUCUUCAGCUCUAUGUCCAGGAGGCUCAGGCGUGGAGCAAGAGUAUUGAGGACAAGAUUGCGCAAAUGGAACAGAAAGGAGAGAAGAUUGAGGACCAUGAGGCAGAUGAUCACCGAGAUGAAGGUUUACAGCAAUUGGCGCAACUUGAGGUUUGAGGGAAGAAGCAAAAAGAUGACUCUCGGAUUACUGAGAAACUUUGGGAAAACCUGA